AUGGGCUCCCGGUACUUUCCCGCCCGGACCGUGCUCUUCGAGAAGGAGUCCAACGGCGUCACGUAUCGCGUGCCCGCCCUGCUCUACCUGCCCUGCGUGGCCAAGCUGCUGGCUUUCGCGGAAGAGCGGGUUGGUGAAGCAGGGUGGUCCUCACCCCUCUCCAUCCUCUCCGGGCAGUGGGAAGACAUGCGCGUGCUGGAGACGGCAACGCUGCAGCACCACCGGUCAAUGAACCCCUGCCCUCUCUAUGAUGAGUUCACCGGCACCCUCUUCCUUUUCUUCAUCACGGUGCUGGGCAGGACACCUGAAGCCUACCAGAUUGUCACUGGCCAAAAUGUCACCCGCCUCUGCUGUGUCACCAGCACUGACCAGGGCCUGAGCUGGAGCACGGCCACGGACCUGACGCAGCAGGUCAUUGGCGGGACCAUCAAAGACUGGGCGACGUUCGCACUGGGCCCCGGGCACGGGAUCCAGCUGCGGUCCGGCCGGCUGCUGGUGCCCGCCUACAGCUACCACAUCGACUGCAAGGAGUGCUUCGGGCAGCUCUGCAAGACCACCCCUCACUCCUUCGCCUUCUACAGCGACGACCACGGCCGGAGCUGGCGCUUCGGGGAGUUCAUCCCCAACCUGCAGACGGGCGAGUGCCAGCUGGUCUCCGUGGAUGAGGAGGACGGCUCCAACGUCCUCUACUGCAACGCCCGCAGCCCCUUGGGCUUCAGGGUCCAGGCACUCAGCACGGAUGACGGGGCCGUCUUCCACGGGGGGCAGCUGCCUGAGGAGGGCUGUCCUACCCCAGGGCAUCACGGUGAUGCCCAUGGCCUUACCUUGGUCAGAGGGAACCCUGCAGUGCCCCCCAGCCCUGCUGCCUUCUUCCAUGCGCCAACAUGGGUCCUCUACUCCCACCCCACCAGCUCCAUGUCACGGGUCAACAUGGGGGUUCACCUGAGCACCUUCCCCAGGGACGCGGAGAGCUGGACCGAGCCAUGGGUCAUCUACGAGGGCCCAAGUGCCUACUCAGACCUGGCUUACAUGGAGCUGCCCUACAAUGAGGCCUCCAUCUCUGGUGGCAAAGCCAUCUCCUUUGCCUGCCUCUAUGAGAAUGGGACACGGUCGCCCUACGAGCAGAUCUCCUUCAGCAUGUUCACGCUGCACGACAUGCUCCAAAACAUCCCCCUGACAGCCACUGCUCUUGCACGGGGCUGGUAUCACAGCUUGUGCCGUGUCCCCGCCAUGGCAUUUGCCAUCAGCUGA